AACACUUUUGAAAUAUGGCGUCGGAACCCGACAAUAGUGAAGAAAAUCCCACGAAAUUCAACGUUUCUAAAGAUGAAGAGGAUAAAAAAGUCGGACCGAUUUCAUUUGGCUUCAGUAAAACAUUAAACAAAUUAAAAACGUCAAGCCAUAACCGUGACGAGGCUGGUAGAGCAGAAGAACGAGAUUACUUGACCGGCGUUGAAGGGAAGGAAUUGAAAAGUACCAAGCCCGUGGAGAAGGCUAAAGAGCUGGUAAUCCCUCUAAUCAAUAAGAACCGCUGGUACAGGCCGGAAGGGUCCAGAAAGGGCACUGGGGAGGAUGGCGACCUUCGACCCCCUCAGGAACAGGAUUCCGUGGAGUCUCAGGCCGUCAAGGAGCUCAUUGAAGAGUCCCUGAGGCGGCAGGAGCAGUGGGACAGGGGGGAGCAGGCGGACCCCAACCUCUCCAUCCCCCUGCUGAUGCAGAACCAGGCCCCUGACGGCUUGGAGGACGGAGACCAGGUCAAGGUCGACCUCCGGCCUGAGUCGUCCACAGCAGCGGACUAUGACAGUGUUCCCGUGGAGGCCUAUGGGAUGGCCAUGCUGAAGGGGAUGGGCUGGAAGGAAGGAGAGGGCAUUGGGAGGACCUUCAAACAGGAUGUGAAGCCGAUCGAGCACCAGCUGCGUCCGAAGGGUUUGGGCCUGGGUGCAGAUCGCUCCGCCCUGAAGGACCUGGAGCCCGCCGGGCCCCGCCGGCCCCCUAAACCAGGCCAGGAGAAGGACAAGGACGAGGAGGCCUUGGUGCUUGGGCCCGGGGGCUGUGUCCUGGUCCAGUCCGGGGCCCACAAGGACCUCUACGGGAAGAUCGAAGGGUUGGAUCCAGACAACGCCCGACUCAUGGUGAAGCUCGCCAUUGGUGGGAAGACUGUGACAGUCAGCCAGUAUGCUGUGCAAUUGGUUGCUCGUAAAGACUAUGACAAGAACAGCAAGGACCUCAGUCGUCUCGGCAAAGCCCACAAGGAGAAGGAGAAGGAGAAAGAGAAGAAGGAUAGAGAGAGGGAGAAGGAGAGAGAGGAGCAGAGGAGUAACGGCCAGGAGGAGAGGAGGAAGGAGAAGCACUCGGACAGAGAGAGGGACGGAGGGAGGGAUCAUCUAAAGAGGAAGCACCAGGAAUGGAGUGGUGAGAGGGAAAAGCCCCUCCCCGUGAAGGAGCCCCGCCUUCCCCCGCCCACCCCAUCCUGGCUACAGAGAGACCUCCGAGUGCGCUUCAUCGACAAGGCCUUCAAGGGGGGAAAGUACUACAACUCCAAGAUGAGAAUAGAGGAUGUUCUGAGUCCAGAUACCUGUGUGUGUCGCACUGAGGAGGGCAGGCUGCUCGAUGAUGUGAAGCAGAGGAUGCUGGAGACUGUAGUUCCCAGGAAGGACUCGGACUUCAUCAUGGUGGUGCAGGGGAAACACCGAGGGCAGGUGGGGCGGAUCCUGCAGAGGGACCGGGAGAAGGCCCAGGCCAUGGUGCAGCUGGAGAGGGAUGAGGAGAGGGUCCACACCCUGGACUACGACUCGGUCUGCCACUACCUGGGCGCCGUCGACAAUUGAGGCCCUGUCCGCCACCAGCACUCACCCUGCCCCUCCUCCUUCCACCUGUCCAUCCCUGGAACGAGGGUGUUUGGGGAUGGGACAGACAGACAAACAGUGACACUUUCUUCAUCCUUGCAUACUUCCCUACACUCAUCCAGUCAGUGCGGUCCUCAGCGUGUCUGUUAGCUCCCCCAGGUAACACCACUCCAGUGCUCUGUUAGCUCCCCCCCCAACAGAGUGUAAAAACAGUCACAGUAAAAGCGUGCUAAAUUGGACAGGGAGGUCUUUUGAGGUGAACUGGCUGGAUUUGAGAUGAGGAUUCUAAAGGUGGGAGACAUUUGAUGCCUUUUCUUUCACAGACAUGGGGAGCAUUGGUUAUUUUGGUGAGGCUGCCAUCCGUGACGAAACCAGGUUAACCAUCCGGUAAUGCUAAUGGGCCACAUGCAAUGUGCCACACUUUUGUUACAGUUUGUGAAUGCCAUGAAAGUAGGAACUUUGAUUUUUCAUUUCCAUUUCAACAAAUGCAGUUUUUAUUAAUGUGUUGUGCUGUUCAUUAUUGUAUAGUUAUUACAUCAUGAGAGAAGUCUAUUUCAUUUUUGGUUCAGUAUGAUUUUCCUCUUCAGUGAAAAGCUAAACAUUCUGGUUACUGCUGAAUAAAGCAGAUGCUUAUUUAUCGGCCUCUAGUGGCUGGAGGGCUGAAUUACAGGGAUUGAAUUUGGGGAGGGAAUUUGCAACGGAAGGUGGUAGCUGUGCUCAGUAUUAGGGGUUUGUUAAAGCUGAGCCCUGCUCAGAAUGAGACUGAGCGUGUGAAGGAGGAGCCGUGGUUGUUUGGUGUUGUCGAUCAUGGUAAGGGGAGGUGGUGCUGCCAUUGGGUGGGUCUAAACGGCGUUGUGUGUCUUGAGAAACCUUAUGUCAUUGAGUCAGCUAUGUUGCAUACCGUUUCUGCAGAUCCAUGGUGUGAGCUCGCUUACCCCAGUCAACGGAGGACAUGAGUACAGGGUGUACGGGUGGGGUGUUGGUAUUGGUUGAGCGGGCAUCGGUUAGCGCUGGUAUUGGUUGAGCUGGGUAUCAGUUGAUGCUGGUAUUGGUUGAGCGGGCAUCGGUUAGCGCUGGUAUUGGUUGAGCUGGGUAUCAGUUGAUGCUGGUAUUGGUUGAGGUAGGUAUCAGUUGACGCAGGUAUUAGUUGAGUGGGUUAUAGGUUGGCUCUGGUAUUGGUUGGUGCUGGUAUCGGUUGAGCAGGGUAUCGGUUGGCGCUAGUUUUUAAUGAGUAGGGCAGUAUUCGUUUGGGUGUGGCUUUGAUGCAUGACUCCAUGAGCUGGUCUCCAUGGCGAGCUAUCUGACCAGACCUACCAUCCCCAAGAAGCACUCAUCAAACUGAUAGACUGCAACUAAUACACACACACACACACACACACACACACACACACACGGUAUGUGUUCAGAAACCUUAUUGUUUCCUCGUAGCCUCUUAUUUUUGUAUUGUUUUUGUAAUUCCAGGAGACCUGAUGUACUGUAAGAUUCAGUAUUGAUGUUAUUUAAUUUUUUUUGCAAUAAAAUUGUUCAAAGAAGAAACUUUGUCCCUGAUAUGCUUUUAAGUGAAAGGGGUCAGGGUUGGAGAGAAGAGGGUGGCCACAUAGAAGUGACCACUAUCCUGCAACCCUGACAUGGAGAAUACAGUCUUGCAAGUAUUGGGUUAGUAACCUGGCAUAAAAGCCAACGUCCAGUGGAAGCAGUUCACACACGUUCCAUGAGCCGGAUGUUUGUUAGAACUGACACUUUUUAAAACUGUUUAAUUCAAUAGUUUUAACUUCCACUGGCCGUGGGACGGACAGUUGCAGUGCAGCCGUUACCUUUUUGUCUAUUUUUGCCAGUCAUUUGCGUGGAAUAUGCAUUUCUCACUUGUAAAUGUUAUAUAAAAAUGCAGUAUUUAUCUACAUUAAAUCUAAACAUUUUAGUUAUUAUGCCUAAAUAUAGUUGGUAAUGUAAAUCCGGUAUGUGUUCACAAUACAAUGAAUAUGAAAUGUAUAUGCUGUGUAUAUACUGUAGAUAUUGGUGACCAUGCAAAUUUAUUAAAAAUAAAGAGCUAUAUAUACAUGAAA